AUGGGGUUGCCCGAGGAUUCCGAGCUACGAGAGUCGUUGACCAAGAAGCCUCCCGAAGGCAUGCGGCAGCUUAUGAGAUGCAUCGAGGAAUAUAAACGAUUAAAGGAUGACCUGCUGCAAAGCAAAGGUAAAGUGCCAAUGAUGAAUCGUCCCCGGCAGACUGGUUUCUCGUUCAGGCCUCAGGGGGGUCUGACGAUUCAAGAGCCGGCCGCACAAAUGAGAGAAGUGAAUGUAACGUUUAAGGAACCGGAUCACCUCGGGCAAUUAGUCAAGGCUGGGCACUUAAAGGAUUUCGUGCUAGACUCGGGGGACAGAGUCGUAGGGCAGGAUACUCGGCAAAGAGGGAACCCUCUCCCACCCCCUGUAGGGGUGAUUGAAGUAAUCCAUAUUGCCCCGGAGAAGCUCAUUGCAGGAGGGAGGAAAGGAGUGUUGACAGUAGUACCGGUAGAGGGUAACCCGGAUCUACAGUCGUCGGGUAAGAAGAUGAAGUUUGCACAGGAGCCCAUCUCAUUCAACGAUGACAAUUUGGAGGGGACGAUCCAACCACAUAAUGACGCAUUAGUGGUCACGGCUCGGAUAAGCGGCUUCUUAGUAAAAAAUGUGAUGAUAGACCAGGGAAGCGGGGCCGACGUAAUGUACCUUGAUCUGUUCAAGGGACUCAGGCUAAGGAAAGAGGACCUGAUGAAGCACACUUCUCCUUUGGUUGGGUUCGACGGCAAAGUAGUGAUUCCUGAGGGGCAAAUUUCUCUUCCCGUGAUUAUGGGAGGGAAAGAGGUGGCAGUGACAUUCACAAUAGUAAGUUCAUUUUCCCCGUAUACUGCCAUUCUGGGAAGACCGUGGACCCAUUCAAUGAGGGCUGUCCCAUCAACACUACAUGUAAAGAUUAAGUUUUCAACCGAGCAAGGUGUCACCGUGAUAAGAGGAGACCAGCAAGAGGCCAGACAGUGUCUUACCGCCGUAGUGAAUUAG